GGGAUCCGCGGCGCGCCGGAGCGAUCGGGCGGUUCCGGGAGGAGCGUUGUGGGGCUGAGGCCCUCCCGGAGGUGCCGCUAUGGGGCUGCUGUCCGACCCACAGUGCCGCCGUCUGCUCAGCCGCCUCCUGCAGCGCUUCAAUGUGCCCCUAUGCGUGCUGUGCUACGUGUCGGGGCUGUGUUGGUUGGCGGCGCUGCCGGCGCUGUCCCCGCGCAGCUCCAUGUCGGAGAACGCGAUGGGCUCCACGAUGGUGGAGGAGCGCUUCCACUACGGGGCGCGCGCGGCCGCAUACAGCGCCGAGUUCAGCGCGCAGCGCGACGCCGCCGGGUCCGUGCGGGGGGGGAAUGGGGGGG